UUUUAUGCUUCAAUAAUGAAACAAAAACAGAGAAUAUACCCUAUUCAAAAAAAUUACAAAUACCUAGCAAUAAUUCAGCAGUUUUGGCUUGUCUAUCACACAAAAAUGCAUUUGUUUGAGGUUUUUAUAACAUUAACAAGUCUAUAUUGCGCUGUCUAUUGCCAUGUGGUGUCGCAUCCACGAGAAAUUUUAACUCGUGGGACUCAUGAAAAAGAGCAUGACUUUUUUCAUGCUAAUGAAAAGGAUGAAGACAGAAGUUUGAAUGAAGUUGAUCAGGAGAAUAGUAUUGCUAAUGGAGAUUCAAAAUGUAUGCCUCUGAUUUCUUGUCCAGCACAUGUACGGAAUAAAAAUAAUAUAUACUGUGAAACUAUGGCGGGAAGGAAGGGCAUAUACUGUUCGACAGGCCAAAAUCACACAGGAAUCUUACACAGCAAAGGUCGAGGCCAUCACAACUUCCAUGCAGAUUUCUUGACACUGGAAAAUCUAAGCCAGAAAUCGAGGGCCGAAAUGUCCAGGCUAAGAACGAAAGAAGCCAAUCUUCUAUCCAAAAAAUCGUCAGUUUUGCAACCUGGAUCGGCUACUUAUGGUCAUUUUCGGAAUUCAAGAAGAUUCAACCCUGCCGAUAUCACCGAAGUGAUGCACAUAGCCGAUAAAGCUUUGGAAAUAGCUAUAGCUACUCGAGUUUUUAAAGACAGGCAAGGUAUUACCAACGAAAGAACUGGAAGGGGAAGAAUACAACAAAACUUACGUCAACUGCUAUCGGACAAAAUUGCAUUCCUUUACCUACCUGUCCUCUAAUUCCGGACAAAUAUCGUAGAGAUAGA